AGGACUAUCUGCCACUGAUUUCUCAGAAAUCCUAACAAUGAUUAGGAGCUCAUAUGCAUUUAUCAACCUCUUGAAGGCAACUGUGGGAGUGGGCGUUUUUGCCAUGCCUAUGGCUUUGAAACAGGCUGGAUUUUGGACAGGCCUUAUACUGUCUGUUGGCAUUGGAAUUAUUAAUGCUCAUGGAAUGAUGAAAAUCGUAAGCUGCUCGCAGUAUUUGUGUAAAAGAAAGCAAAUGUCAAACAUCAGAGCCAACAGAAAUGGGGCCACGAUAAGACCAGUGUGCUUGGAUGCUCAAUAUAUAAAAGCGGUUACUGACGAAGAACAAUCGCAUACUAGUGAGGAAACUAUUUCUAAGGAGGGCGCUGAUGAGGAGCGAUCGCGAGUAUACACAAUUGAGACUGAAAGCGAGAAGGUUAUGGUUGAAGGAACCGUUGAAAAACGUUUUACCCUCGACUAUGGUGGUAUGGCAGCCGAAGCGUUUACAAGCACGCGAUCACGAACGUUGCGAAUGUUUGGAAAACCUUCAAUGAUUUUUGUGAACGCCUGUAUAAUAGGCCUUCAACUGGGAAUCUGCAGCGCCUUCUACAUCUUUGUCGUAGAUCAUGCGAAAGAGGCUCUUGAUUAUAUGCUGACCAAAGACCUUUCUCGCAACAUGCUGUUCUUUACUGCAUUGCCAUUCUUUAUUCUCAUUGCAAAUGUUAGCAACAUGACAUUACUCUCAUGGAUUGGUUUACUCGGAAAUGUUUUACUUGCAAUUUCUACCGUCAUAAUUUAUGUGCAUUUGAUAAUGAAAGAUAAUCACCUUCCUAUAUCAAAAUUACCGGUUUUCACUAAUGUUGAAGGUGCUAGUCUAGCUGCUGGAUGUAUUAUCUACUCCUAUACGGGUCAAGGAGUGCUGCUGGGUUUGGAAAGCAAAAUGCAGAAACCCAAGAAGAUGCUCGGCUUCUUUGGCGUCAUAAGCACUGCCAUGGGUACUGUUACACUAUUGAAUACUGUUACUGGAUUAUUGGGCUAUAUCACUUAUGGCGAAGACUUGGAAGGAAGCAUCACUCUUAAUCUUAGCAAUGAACCUUUGCACUUCUCCGUCAAAAUCAUGCUUCUGGUAAUGACGUAUCUCUCCUAUCCAGUUGUGAUGUAUCCUAUAGUUGAUAUGUUCUUCCCAUUCAUCGAACGGCGUAUCAGACACACCAAACGGCACGUCGUGACACUGUCGCAUUAUGUAUUCCGAUAUGUGGUAGUACUGAUCUCUUUUGCACUCGCAUAUGUUAUUCCAAACUUCAAAGACAUUCUGCCGCUUAUCGGUACUCUUACUGGGACGAUAUUGGCGAUAUUUUUUCCACCGCUUCUCCAUAUGGUGGUAUUUCUGAAGAAAUGGAAGAAAGGCAACACCGUUAAAUUAGUAUGGAACAUGACACACAAUGUCAUUUACCUAGUACUCAGUAUUGUUUUACUUGUUGUAGACGCGGAAUGCCGUGUUUGUGAGCAGCGAGAUUACGGGGAACUGAAGGCACAUCUGUUCGACUAUCACUGGAAUCAUGAACUCCUCCCUUCAAACUUAUCACAGAAAGAUUGCCAAAAGGCAUACGCCAGUCAACUAUACAUGGCAUCGUUUACCGCUCAGAAGUGUAGCGUCGACGAUGUCUAAGCGACGGUAUGAAGAUAUUGACAUCGGAUCAAUUUGCAGUUCGAGCCUCAUCAACCGAUCGGUAUCGCAGCGCCUCAGAAGACGGUUUCCCAUUGAAGUUAGUCGACUAUGGUCCGCGUUUCCUGUGUACUGUCUUGAGAUUUUUGGCAAAUGCUUCGUACUAAUAAUAAAAACAGGAGCAAACUGUCUUGUCUGGUUGUCUGGUUUAUCUAUAGGGAUCUUUGAUUUUGUUUGAUAGCACCAAUAAAUUUUUUU